AGAGUUGGUCCACGUUUCUUCUUCUUCUUCUGUCGUCGUUGUCUCCUUCACCGUGAAUUAGGGUUUGCACUUUUGCAGAGUUUCAAUUUACUCUCAUUAUCGCAUGCCCGUUCCUCUCUAAUUAUGUUUUUCAUAACUUGAAAAAUCCUUCUUUUUCAUGUUCUCUUACCACUGAUUUUAAAGAUUCUCCAUAUUCUUUCAGGCAAAAAGACAAAGUUACGCCACUUCCUUUCUCUUUCCAAUCUAAUCUUGAGUGAAAAAUAUAUAAAUAUCGGAAGCUUAUUGGGGAUCAAGUAUUAAGAUAUGCCUCGAGACUUGUCGCGAUCCCGAUCGCCUCCUUAUAGACGGAGGCAUUCGCCGUCUCCGGUGGGACACAGGUCUAGCAAGAGGGGCAGAAGAGACCGAAGCAGAUCUCCCUAUUCAUCCUACUCUUACAGCAGGCGAAAAAGUCGUUCUAUUUCACCAAGAAGUUACCGAAGCCCUUCUACAACUCCAAGACGUCGUCGAAGCCGAUCUCCAUCUGCUAAAAAAUACAGAAGACAUAGAAGUAGGAGUUCUUCAUUUUCUCCUGCUCGUAAAUCUUCCAGUUCAAGUCUUGGGUCAGUAGAGCACAGAACUGCAACUGAAAAACAAAAGAAAGAAGAAGAGAAGAAAAGGCGUCAACUUGAAGCAGAGUUGAAAUUAAUAGAAGAAGAGACUGCCAAGAGAGUUGAAGAAGCAAUCAGAAGGAGAGUGGAAGAAAGCUUGAAUUCUGAGGAGGUUCAGGUGGAGAUUCAAAGGCGGUUGGAAGAGGGACGGAAGAGACUUAACGAUGAAGUUGCAGCUCAGCUUGAAAAAGAAAAAGAAGCUGCUAUUAUUGAGGCUAAACUGAAGGAGGAACAAGCUCGUAAAGAGAAAAAAGAUCUUGAAAGGAUGCUGGAGGAGAACAGGAGGAAAGUGGAAGAAGCACAGAGAAGGGAAGCUUUAGAGCAGCAAAGAAGAGAGGAGGAACGAUACAAAGAGCUGGAAGAGAUGCAAAGACAGAAGGAAGAAGCUAUGCGAAGGAAGAAACAGGAGGAGGAACAAGAACGUUUAAACCAAAUAAAGUUGUUGGGUAAAAACAAAUCUCGACCGAAAUUGUCAUUUGCUCUAGGAUCCAAAUGACCGGUGGGAAACCUCUGUAUUUUGAUUUGAUACGAAGUGUGUUUGGGCUUGAUUCCCUAUUCGUGUCUGUAAUUUAAGGAAAUUAGACAGCCUCCUCAGCUGUAGUAUGAUGACAACAUUGCUGUUAAUUUUUCCAGUUGGAAUUAGAUUUCAUUGUUUAUCA